CCAUUGUCAAAAGUUUCCAAUGAUGAUGAUGAUACGGGGAAGAGAAAGGAUAAGAGGUGGUGUUGGUAAUGGAGGUGAUGGAUCAGAUGAGGAAGAAGAAUUGGAUGUUGAUAAACUUAGAGGGGAAAGUAAAUCAUCAUGGAAGAGGCUAUAUGGGCUGCUCAGAAUGGAGUCUUCGAUUCGAGAUGGAAUCGUUUUCAGAGAUGGAAGCAGCUUAGGGCAGUCCUCCGUUUCUGAUGCUUAUAUUAUCCGUCCUGACGGCUGGAGGUACACAGUAUGGGUGCACUUCAUACUAAUAUGGGCAGUCUACUCUUCCUUCUUUACACCACUGGAGUUUGGUUUCUUCAGAGGACUCCCAGAGAACCUUUUCUUGCUAGACAUUGCUGGUCAGAUUGCUUUCUUGAUAGACAUUGUGGUCCAUUUCUUUGUGGCCUAUCGUGCAACUCACUCUUAUCGCUUGGUCACCAGUCACAAGCUCAUUGCCAUUAGGUACUUGAAAUCUCGGUUCUUGGUUGAUUUUCUUGGCUGUCUGCCUUGGGAUGCCAUCUUCAAGGUUUCUGGGAGAAAGGAGGCAGUGAGAUAUAUGUUGUGGAUUAGGCUAAGUCGGGCCAAAAGAGUGUCGGAAUUUUUUGAGAGGUUGGAGAAAGAUAUCAGGAUCAAUUACCUUUUUACAAGAAUUGUGAAACUUCUUGUUGUUGAACUCUAUUGUACACAUACAGCAGCCUGCAUUUUUUACUAUCUUGCUACUACUAUGCCUCCCUCCCAGGAAGGUUACACAUGGAUAGGAAGCUUGCAGAUGGGUGACUAUCACUAUACAAACUUCAGGGAGAUUGAUCUUUGGAAGCGAUACGUAACAUCACUUUACUUUGCCAUUGUUACUAUGGCAACUGUAGGUUAUGGAGAGAUACAUGCAGUAAAUGUCAGAGAAAUGAUAUUUGUCAUGGUUUAUGUAUCUUUUGACAUGAUUCUUGGUGCUUAUCUGCUUGGUAACAUGACUGCAUUAAUUGUAAAAGGAUCAAAGACAGAAAAGUUUAGGGAUAGAAUGACUGACCUUCUCAAAUACAUGAAUAGAAAUAAUCUUGGGAAAGGCAUAAGCAAUGAGAUCAAACGCCAUCUGAGAUUACAAUACGAUCGCCUACACAGAAGCAGCUACACAGAAGCAUCUGUUCUGCAGGAAAUCCCAGCUUCUAUUCGGACAAAGAUCUCACAGAAAUUAUAUGAACCAUAUAUUAAAGAAGUUUCUCUUUUCAAGGGUUGCUCUUUGGAAUUCAUUAAGCAGAUAGCAAUUCGAGUCCAUGAAGAGUUUUUCCUUCCUGGAGAAGUGAUUAUAGAGCAGGGACAAGUAUCAGAUCAGCUUUAUGUUGUCUGCCACGGUGAAUUGGAGGAAUUCGGAAGAGGUGAAAAUGAUCAAGCAGAAGAGUUUAUCAAGCAUCUGCAAACCUAUAGCUCAUUUGGGGAAGUUUCUUUUCUUUGCAACACUCCUCAGCCUUAUACAAUACGAGUUCGGGAACUAUGCAGGGUAUUACGACUUGAUAAGCAAUCUUUUACAGAGAUCCUUGAGAUAUACUUCUCUGAUGGGCGAAUUAUCUUGAACAAUCUCCUUGAGGGAAAAGAUGCCAAUCUACGGAAUGAAUUAUUGGAGUCAGAUGUUACCCUUUACAUUGAAAAGUCUGAAUCGGAGCUGGCUAUGAGGUUGAAUUGUGCUGCUUUUGAUGGGGAUUAUUAUCGACUGAAACGGUUGAUUGAAGCUGGAGCAGAUCCUAACAAGGCUGAUUAUGACGGAAGAUCACCUCUGCAUGUUGCUGCUUCUAAAGGAGAUGGAGAUAUAUCUCUACUGCUUAUUGAACAUGGAGUGGACGUCAACAUUUCAGAUAAAUUUGGGAACACACCAUUGCUAGAAGCCGUCAAGGGUGGGCAUGAUGAAGUAGCUUCUUUACUUGUUAAAGCAGGGGCAUCACUGGCAAUUGAUGAUGCUGGUGGUUUUCUCUGUACAACUGUUGCAAAGAGGGAUUUGAAUCUCUUGAAAAGGGUUCUGGCCAAUGGAAUCAAUCCAAAUGCAAAAAACUUUGAUUAUCGAACACCUUUGCACAUUGCUGCCUCGGAAGACUUACAUUCAAUCGCAAGUUUACUUCUAGAAGCAGGGGCCAGCGUUCUUCCAAAGGACAGAUGGGGAAACACUCCACUUGAUGAAGCUCGUAUUGGUGGAAAUAAGGAUUUGAUUAAAUUGCUUGAGAUUGCAAGAGCUUCUCAAAUAGUCACAGGUGAUAUGCAAAGAAUGAAAUGCACAGUGUUUCCAUUCCAUCCAUGGGACCCAAAAGAGAAAAGAAGAGAGGGAGUCGUCCUGUGGGUUCCUCAAACCAUUGAAGAACUUGUCAAGGCAGCUAUGGAGCAAUUAAAAUCUUCAGGUGGUUACCUUUUAUCUGAAAACGGUGGCAAAAUCCUUGACGUGAACAUGAUCAGUCAUGACCAGAAGCUAUUUUUGGUCAAUGAGUGAUCACAAAUCCCUUCAGUCAUUUUAUGACUUCUUGACAAAUUGUUCUGAUUUCUGGGGUGUAUCACAAUGAAAAAGCAUAUUCGUAUAUAAUUGACGUG